AACUUGAAGUCCGUGACCAGGAUUCAGACCAGAGCUGUAUAGAUACGAAGACAAUCAUCACUUCCAAAAAAAGUCACACUUCAGGGGCCAAUAGCGGCGCCAUUCAGUAUCAAACCUGCGGACCUGCCUGCAGACGACUCCGCUCCACAGAUAUGCAGCACCGGUGGAGGUACCUAUACUUGCAGUGACUCAUUCGUGCGCAAUGACAAUAAACACACACGGUUUGCUUUGAAUGUCAGCAAAUCAAACCUGCUCCAACAAAAGGAAGGUCACCUUGCGUGGGGUCCAGCAGAGAUCUGAAGCUCGGGUCUAUUUUGUCUUCCUCUGCUGCUCGGAGUGUUGCCUAAGAGCGCAGCAGUUUCCCCUCAGGACUUGAUUUGGUGGUAAAUUCACUUUUUUGGACUUCACCUGUUCACCUGGAGACACAUUAUCCCGUGAUACUUUUGUAUUGGAUGGUAUAAAGAGAGAUUUUGGGGGCAUUAAAGAAAAAACAGAAAACCCAAAGUGCCAGGCUUUUUGAGGUGAAGACUUAGGCUCUGAUGGCGGCGUCUGCACCCUCCUCCUCCGCCGGCGAGUCGGAUCCCAACUCGACAAAUUUACGACCACCGGGCUCAAGCUAUGAUGCUUGGUGUGGAGUUGCCCAUGGAUGCACUAGAAAAUUGGGAAUGAAGAUAUGUGGGUUUUUGCAGAAGAACAACAGUCUGGAGGAGAGGAGCAGGAUGGUGAGCUCCUUCAAAGAGCGUGCAAGCAAGAACCUGCAGUCCUGCGAUAACACCGGAGGAGAGGCGCACUUCAGACGCACGGAGAAUGACUUCUCCAAUAUGUAUGCCAGAGAUCUGUUGCCAGCCAAAAAUGGAGAGGAGCCGACCAUGCAGUUCUUGCUGGAGGUUGUGGAAAUCCUUACAACCUACGUAAGGAAGACCUUUGAUAGAUCCACCAAGGUCCUGGACUUCCACCACCCCCACCAACUGCUGGAGGGCAUGGAGGGCUUCAACCUGGAGCUCUCUGAUCAGCCAGAGUCCCUGGAGCAGAUCCUGGUGGACUGCAGGGACACCUUGAAGUACGGAGUGAGAACAGGUCACCCCAGGUUCUUUAACCAGCUGUCCACCGGAUUAGACAUCGUAGGGUUGGCAGGAGAGUGGCUUACAUCCACAGCCAACACCAACAUGUUUACCUACGAGAUCGCCCCUGUCUUUGUGCUCAUGGAACAGCUGACACUGAAAAAGAUGAGAGAGAUGGUCGGCUGGCCUAAUGGAGAGGGCGAUGGGAUAUUUUCCCCAGGAGGAGCAGUCUCCAACAUGUACAGUGUGAUGAUUGCCAGAUACAAGUUCUUCCCUGAAGUCAAGACCAAAGGCAUGUCAGCUGCCCCAAGGCUGGUCCUCUUCACCUCAGAGCAUAGCCACUAUUCCAUUAAGAAGGCCAGUGCAGCUCUUGGCUUCGGGACAGAGAACCUGAUCCUUCUGAGCACAGAUAAGAGAGGGCGAGUCAUUCCUGCUGAUUUGGAAGCAAAAGUAAUAGAGGCCAAGCAGAAGGGCUAUGUGCCGAUGUUUGUGAAUGCCACCGCUGGUACCACCGUCUACGGAGCCUUUGAUCCCAUUAAUGAAAUUGCAGACAUCUGUGAAAAGUACAACAUGUGGCUUCAUGUAGAUGGUGCAUGGGGAGGAGGUCUGCUGAUGUCCAGGAAACACAGACACAAGCUGAAUGGAGUGGAGAGGGCCAACUCAGUCACCUGGAACCCCCAUAAAAUGAUGGGUGUGCCGCUGCAGUGCUCUGCCGUUCUGGUCAGAGAGAGGGGAUUAUUACAAGGCUGCAAUUCCAUGUGUGCUGGUUACCUCUUCCAGCCAGAUAAACAGUACGACACUUCAUACGACACAGGCGACAAGGCCAUUCAGUGUGGACGGCAUGUGGAUAUCUUCAAGUUCUGGCUCAUGUGGAAGGCUAAGGGAACCGUAGGAUUUGAACAGCAUAUCGACAAGUGCCUGGAUCUGUCAGCAUACCUCUACGAUAAAAUAAAAAACAGAGCGGGCUAUGAGUUGGUGUUCGAAGGAGAGCCGCAGCACACUAAUGUGUGUUUCUGGUAUAUUCCGCCGGGCCUGCGGGGCCUGCCUGAUGGCGAGGAGAGGCGCGAGAGGUUGCACAAGGUGGCCCCAAAGAUCAAAGCAAUGAUGAUGGAGUCAGGGACUACGAUGGUGGGUUACCAGCCACAAGGAGACAAGGUCAACUUUUUCCGCAUGGUGAUCUCAAACCACGCCGCUACCAGGUCAGACAUCGACUUCCUGAUCGAGGAGAUUGAGCGACUCGGGCUCGACUUGUAAGACCGACACAUUAUUUUUUUCUCCACACAUUUCCGACUUCAUGUCCCUUCUGUCUCAUAAAGACGUUGACAUUUUUGCUUACAGAUCUUUUCUGGCAAUGCACAAGAAAUAAUAAGCUCUGUGUGUUCUCUGUCUCUUCUGUUGAUGACACUUAUUCAAAACAUGUAGAGUGAAAAGGAGAUAAGUGAAAACUGUGAGGGAAUCACAAAAGUUCACUGUAUUCUUGUUAAUCCAUAUGUUACGCUGAAUGAAACCUUGAGAUUAACAUAAUGUAAAUAUCAAGAAUAUCAGAGCACUAAGGUGAUUCUUUCCAUAGCAGCUAUUAAAAAGUUAUUUUACUGUGUACUAUAAGAAGGUCAGAACAGAAUGAAAUCAAAAUAUUUUUUCACAGGUACCAGAGCACAAUAGGGAAUCUUAAAGCAUUUCCAUUAACAGUAUUAAUGUAAAAUAUAUAGAAAAUGUAUAUGGUUUACUAACUGUUGGUACUCCAUGUCGUCUGUAUAAUUAUCAAGCCAGAUACCUCACCACAUUGUACCCUAGCUAUUAUUUCCCUUUGAUAUUACAUAGCUGGGAAUAUAUAACACAGUCAUUGUACUUGAUCGCUGUGUUUUUAGAGAUUUUUGUGUAGAUUGUGUAUAGUAUUGUUACAUUGCCUUUGUGCCAAAUGUGUCCUAGUUUUACAGUGAGAGGAAUCCUAUAUGUAAAUCGACCACACAGUAUUGUAUGUAAUAGAUAAAUACCUUUAUUUAUACCCAGAGAUUCUUAUUGUUGAUCUGCUGUCCUGAACCAUUUGUAAUGUGUCCUUCUUCAUGGUUGGAAACUCUGCUGUAUCAUAUCACAAUGUUUUGAACAACAUUGAAUUAUUUUAGUGUAUUUGUGAACCAAAGAAGGGUCGAGUUACACUUAUGAACAUGCCCUUAUUCUCCCUCAUGGAUGGGUUCAGAUGUUUGUAUGAGAAUACUUAACUUAUCACUCUUACCUUUAGUGCAAUCUAUGUUGUGUAAUUGUGCAAUGUCAUUGUGAUUCACUGACUGAAUGUUGUCCAGACACUCUGCUUUAUGUGGGAGGCAUGACCGGCAGUGCGGCCGCUACUGCCGGCGCUUUGUUCUUGAUAAAAAGCACAAUGCUAACCCAGGAUGAUGGGGCACUUUUUAUGCUACAGACACAUGAUUGUCUGUAUUAUAAUGUGUUUAGUGGAGCUUUAAUAUGCAACAUUUUGUUUAUCUUAACACGCUCAAUAGGCACACUUUUAUGUUGAGAAAAACAACUUGAGAUUAUUUAUCGAGAAAAAGUUUAGCUUGAACAAUAAAAUGCCCUGUGUUUGAUCCUGUAAUAAGAUUUAUUGAACAAUUGUACAUUCCUGAAUUAGUGGGAUGAUAUAUCCUGUGUUAAAUUCUAUGUAGGCACUUUAACUUCAUGCCAUCAUUUGCAGAGUGAUAUUGUUGUAUCCACAGCGCUAAUAAAAACAUGAGCUGUAGAACAUC